GGGCGCUAGGACCACGCGGAGGAGCCGUUAGCUGUGGCGCACUCAGAGCCGUUGGUGCCCCUCGCUCGCUCACACCGGGAGACAACAGCUGAGCGGCAGCUUGACGCGGGCUCGGUGCGGCGCCGCGCGUGUCACACUUCUCUGGCGUUUCCCUUCUAGCGGCGAUGAGGUUCCGAUGACGUGACGAUGGCCACGCCACCGGGGACGGAAGACGGGAUGUUGACUUCGCCCACCGCACUCCGGGGUUCGAACGCCGGGGACGCGGGCAUGGACUGCGGCGACGGAGCCGACGGGAUCUCCCUGGAAGAGAUCCUGUCGCUGUACAGCCAGCCGAUAAACGAGGAGCAGGCGUGGGCCGUGUGCUACCAGUGCUGCCGGACGCUGUCGCAGAAGCAUCGGAGGAGAAGCUCCAGGUCGUCGGGCGCCGCCGCGCUCCACCGCCCGAGGAGGAUCGAGGGACCCGGGGACGUGAGGAUCGGGAGGGACGGGACCGUCGGCCUGCACGCUGGAGACGACGCAGAUAAAUAUGGAUCAUCCCCCACAUUAUUGGAGGUUAUCGACUCGUUGGGCGUGAUGAUCUACAAAGCUCUCGACUAUGGCCUCAAAGAAAAUGAGGAGCGAGAACUCAGCCCUCCUUUGGAGCGCUUGAUCGACAUGAUGACCAACCCUGAAAAAACUGAGAGUGACCCCUGUCCCGAUGAGGGCUACGAGGCCACAGAGGAGGAGGAUGAGGGUGAGGAGGAGGAAGAGGAGGAGGAGACGGUCUCUGCCGUCACUACCGGCCCAGUUACCGGCAUCCGCAGCUACCAGGACAUCAUCACACUGUGUUCUUCCCACCUGCCCAGCCCCUCAGAUGCCCCCAGCCAUUACCAGGCAGUGUGUCGAGCGCUUUAUGCCGAAACCAGGGAGUUGCAAACCUUUCUGGAUAAGAUCAAGAGUGCCAAGGAGAACCUUCGAAAAAUGGAAGGUGAGACUCGGGAGGAACCUGUUAAAGACCUCAAUGAACUGCAAAAUGCAGAUUGGGCCCGGUUCUGGGUGCAGGUGAUGCGAGAUCUACGUAAUGGCGUAAAGUUGAAGAAGGUUCAGGAACGUCAGUACAACCCUCUGCCCACUGAAUAUCAGCUGACCCCUUAUGAAAUGCUGAUGGAUGACAUCCGUUCGAAACGUUACAAGCUGCGAAAGGUCAUGGUUAAUGGAGACAUUCCCCCAAGGUUAAAGAAGAGCGCCCAUGAAAUCAUCCUUGAAUUCAUCAGGUCCCGGCCUCCUCUCAACCCUGUCUCUGCCCGUAAGCUGAAGCCCCAUCCUCCACGACCCAGGAGUCUCCAUGAGCGGCUGCUGGAGGACAUCAAAGCUGAACGGAAGCUCAGGCCUGUAUCGCCGGACAUGAUCCGCAGAAGCCGUCUAGUCAUGCGGCCUCUUAGCAUGUCUCACAGUUUUGACUCAUCAGGUGCAGGGAAAAGCAUCAGCACUCCUCAGGACUUAUUUCGUAGCUCAGACACUCCUGAUGCACGCAGGAAGUUGGCGGUCAGCACGCAGUCUCUGGCCAGUGGAGCGGUGGGGUCCAGUCAGGGUGUUCAGCCGCUCAGCCAAAGGAAAAGGCUGCUCAGAGCACCCACGCUGGCCGAGCUAGACAGCUCCGAGUCCGAUGAGGAGCCCUCACUGAGCAGCUCCAGCAUGUCCACGUCUUUGCUGGAGGACACUUCUCCCGAGUCUGUUAUCGGGAAGAAGGCUCAGCCAAAGUUCUUGCCUGUUCCUGCUGCUCCACGGCCUGAAAGGCAGCAGCCUCCACAUAGGAGGCACUCUGUGGAGAAGGACUCCCCCACCAGUGUCCGCCCCUUUGCACCACCAUCCAGACAGAGCUCCAAGUCUUUGGUGGAGGCGGCCAGCGGUGCUCAGGGCACGGAGGAGUUCUGCUACCCAGUGGAGUGUCUGGCUCUGACGGUGGAGGAAGUGAUGCACAUCAGGCAGGUUCUGGUCAAGGCCGAGCUGGAGAAGUUUCAACAGUGGAAAGACAUUUACAACGCUCUCAAGAAAGGAAAGCUCUGCUUUUCAUGUCGAUCCAAAAAAUUCUCCCUCUUCACCUGGUCGUAUACUUGUCAGUUCUGCAAAAGACCUGUGUGUUCACAGUGCACCAGAAAGAUGCGGCUGCCAUCUAAGCCCUAUUCCACUUUGCCCAUUUACUCUUUGGGCCCCAGUGCUAUGGCUAAAGAAGAGGCGGCGUCUGCACCUGCUGAGGCAGAAAAGAACCCGUUUGGGUCUGGACCCAGCCGGCACAGCCUGCGCAGGAGUGUCUCCAGGUUGUCCAGACACAGCAGUACGAGCUACAAAGACGGGCACUCGGAGGCCGAACCGGAGCUGCCCAGGGAGCUGACGGAGGACUGGGUGACCAUGGAGGUCUGCGUGGAUUGCAAGAAAUUCAUCACGGAGAUCAUCUCCUCAAGCAAACGCAGCCUGUGCGUGGCCACGAAGCGCGCCCGCCUCAACCGCAAAACCCAGUCCUUCUACAUGUCGUCAUCGAGCUCGGUGAACUUCAGGCCGUCAGAGCGCACCCUCAAUGAGGUGUAGGAGCAGGAUCCUGUGCACUUCUGUUCACACAGAGCUUAUUAGUGUAAUAAAAAAUCCCUCUUGGUCUAUUUUUGACAUGAACAGGGUCAUUGCAGUAUAAAUACUUUUUUUUGUGACAAUGACGUCCUCUUCCCUUUUUAGAGUUUAAGGUUCUACCUUACCCCACUCAGGAAAGGUUGGCAUGCUUCAGUGACACUUCAGCGCCUGGUGGCUUGGCUUGAGCCACUGAUGUCACUUUUCUGAAGAAGAAUGUACAGAAGAAUGUAUGUUCUUCUGUACAAGAGCAGAUCCUGAAGCAGGUCAGAUGUUACAGAGACCCAGCCCCAAUCCUAGCUAUCGAUACGCUUUCCAGCUCCCGUUUACGUCUAGCACUCAGGAAGAGCAGCCGAUUGUCUUUUUGACAGAAAUGCACUGUAGGUCCUCCUGUCAGGUCUGCUGGGGCAGAUCUCUGCCAGGCCCCUGCCCUCGAUUAUUCUUCCAGCGACAAAUUAUGCCAAAUGUUGAAUUUUUUUAGCAGUUCUAAUAUAUUAACCAUCAUCUCAAGUUGUUGAUGGUCGCAUCAAAGAGUGAGAACAGCCAGUUUAUUUUUCUGGGCGGGUUUUAGCUUUUAGUACAUAUAUAUAUUAAAUGUAUUUUCAAUUCUGUGCCUGGUGCCAAAAUGUAAUUUCUUUAAUGCCUUUGUAAUUAUGGACCUAUUGUACAUAUGUGACAUAAACUUGGUAGGGCACGUUUUGGGGUAAUCCACAGCUUGGUGUCUUGCCCUUUUAUGUUCUAAGGUGGGCAACAUGAGCACAGUUCUGGGUUUCUGAAUGUGUAUAUGUUAAUUGUUCUAAUAUAAAUUUAAUAUAAAACACUUAAAGUGUAAAAAAACAAACUUUUUCUUUUGCCUCUGGAGUUUCUUUAUUUGAAAUUCUUCUUUUUAAACCUUACUGGUGUUGUUAUUUGUGUCAAUAUGUAAUUUUCAGAUUUUAUUUCAGUUGUAUAGUUUAUUUAAUCCUCAGUGUUAAGCUACUCUAAAAUGCAGAAAGCACUUUUUUGGACCAAUUUACCAUUAGGGUUUGUCUUAAUAAUUAUUGUUCUCAGUUUUUUUUACAGUCUGGGGGCCCAUGGGGCCAUUUCCCAGCAUUCCCCCCAUAAAGGAAACCUGUUAUUUGAACACUAAGAAUGAUGGCUGAUGAAGCCUCUCCACUCAACUGAAUGUAGUUGUGUUUUUAGGUGUGUAACUGUCAACAAAUACACUAUGAACAUUUGGUUUGAACAUUUGAUCACUCAAACAUCUGUUCAUAGCGUGUUUGCUGACGGUUGUCACCACAGGAGCACAGAGCCUGCAAACGAAUUAUCUCCUGCUCAAAGGCAGUAGUACAUCUGACCACAUUUACUUUAGACCUGUCAGGAAUGUGUGCAUGCUGUACUGUGAUCUGUUUUUAUCCGAGAAACAAUAAAAUCAAGAUUCUUA